UUAGAAAAUUAAAUUAAAUACGUUAUCAUUUGAUACUGUGCGAAAUACUGCGCGAGAAAACUGUUCCAAAGUAUGACUGUUGCUUGUUGUUGAAUUAUUUCAAAGUGUGUUCAAGAUUGUCAAUAUGCAACGGGUUCUUAGCUUUCAAAUGGCUCGUGGACUAAGCGAGUCCAGCGAGUUUGUGACUAAACGUAUGUGUUUUUCCUUGAUAUUUUGUGUCGGCUUCCUUUCUUUAUUGUGUGGAUUUUUACUCGGCCGCUUUGAAACGCAAAGGGCUAUAGAGAUUCGUGCAGAAAAGAAACGUCUUGAAUUAGCAGGAAAUGGUUUGGAGAAUACCGAGUAUCUCCAACGUUUGGUGCUCGAGCAAUUAGAAAGAGCGCCUCUUGAUCCUGAUUUCGAAGUGAAAUGGGACACUUUAAAUUUAAAAGAAGAUGAUAUACGUCAAGUAAAAACUAUUCUAUCGAAUUUAUCACUUAUUGAAAAAGUUGUCGAACACCGAUCGUAUAUCGUGGCAACCACACGAGGGUUUAGAGAAUUCGAUAGGUACGUAGUUUUAUCGGCCAGCGGCGAAGGUGUCGGUGUCGCUUUAGAAUUGGCAAAAAUUUUCAAUCAAAUCCAAGAAGAAUACAGGUGGAAACCUCGUAGAUCUCUUAUCUUUUGUUUAUUUUCGGGAUCCUCAAAUCCUUGUCCAGAAAUAUUAUCCAAUUUUAUAUCUCACAAAGUUGUAGCUUAUAUUGUAGUACAUCAUCAAGCUUUACAAGGUAAAGGUCACUUUAUUGUAUCUGGAUCAGACAUAGUACAAUCUAUGGUUUUAGAAUCUGCUAGUACUAUAAAAAAUUGGUUUUCUUAUAACAAUCAGUUAUUAUCUUUGAACAAUACAUUUUAUAAUCUUACAACUUCCCGGCUACCUUUAGACAUACCUCAUGCAGUAUUGUCUUUUAUGAAUAAUAAUAUUUCAUAUAAUGAGAAUCAUCAUGAAAGAGAAUUACGUAAAAUAAUUUUAGCACAAAUACUUGGUCAAACUAUUUGGAGAUUUUCUGAAUGUUUAAUAAUAAAAUGGUAUCCAAAAUAUUUCAAUGAAACUGCCUUUAAAGUAUUAGAAUCUAUAAACAGUACUGAAUUGCUGGAAGUUAAAGGAAAAUUACAAGAAAUCUUGGGUAAAUUAUUAAUUAAAAUUAAUACUUCAAAUGAGAAAAUUGAUACAAUUGACAACAUCAAUACUCUUGAUACAAGAAUACUGAAUGAUUUCCAGAUGAAUUUGGAUAGAAUUCUUCUUUGUCCUGACAAGGAACAACAGUCUAAAACUGACUGGAUAGAGCUUUUUAGAUUAACACGCAAGCCUUUUAAUAUAAUUUUAAAGCGCAUUAAUGAGAUGGUAAAGUGCUAUGAUAAUGCUAUACAACUCUUACAAGAUCGAUAGAGGAAAUAUAAAAAGUACAAAAGCUUAGAU